AUGUCUAAUGAGUUGCAACAUAUCAGUAAAGAAGUAGUUAGUCAAUGGUGUAAAGAUGCUCAAUUAACCCUUAAUGAAGCUAAAUUAUUAUGUUCAAAUGCUCAAUCUUCAUUACAUGAACAAUAUCAAGAAUUGACAAUAUACUUACCAGAUAAAUUUGAAGCUAUAGAAUAUUUAAUUAGAUCUUAUACAAAUCAACUUGAGAAGAUAAAGUCACAAGUUGAUGUUUUAAAUAAGUCAAUUUAUGAGAAAGUUGAAAUUGGUAUUAUAUCAAAAUUUCAAACAAUUUUGGACCCGUCGCUCAAGAAUUUAAAUGAUGUUUUAUCACAAUCGAAAGAGAUUGAUGUUCCAAAUUUUAUACUUGAAGAACCAUCAGAGAUGCAACAUAACUUAAGUGACUUUGUAUCUAUAAGUUCAAUAAAUUUACUAAUUGAAAAUAUUGGAAUUUACAAAAAUAAUAGUACAAAGUUGAAAGAUUUAUUAAAGACUAGUUUUAAAGAUCGAGCACUUGUUUCAUUUGACAAUUUUCAGAAGGUGCAUGUUCACAUACUCGAAGAAUAUGCUCAAUUGGCACCGAUCAUCAAUGAAGCAAAGUCGAAGGUUACUAAAUUAUUAGAGGAAAAUCAGUCAGUAGAGACUGAAUUAGUUCAAUUUUUGCAAAUGUUAACUAAUCAUUACCAACAAUGUGAAAAAGCAUUAGACUUAAUGUCAUCAAAUGAAGAAGAUUUGAAUUUGGAAGUUUUAGCUAAUGACGUUCAAGAAUUACCACAGGUAAUAAAAGACUUAAAAUCAACCAUCCAAGAGAACCAAAAUUCAUUCACCAGCUUCCAAUCAUCAUAUACCAGUAUAGAUCUAUUAAAGUCAGAAAUUAUGGAGGAACUAACUAAUUUUAGAAAUUUCAAAACUAAAAAUCUACCAUUCUUCAUCACAUUAUUUGACUCAGUGUUACAAUAUUUACAAAAAUCAUCACUUGAAGAGACCGAGCAAUCACAAUCACCUAUCGAUGGUUAUUCUCAACUUUUAAAUCGUUUGACUUUUCAUUAUACUCAGUUUAUAAACAUUUACAAAACAAAAUAUUUAAAGGAGCUACAUCAUCAACAAUACUCAUACCCUCGCAAGUUUCUUAAAAGGAUUACUGAUUUUCUUGAUGGUGAAAUUUAUAGAAUUCAAUUGGAAGAAAUCAAUCAUCGAAAAAGUUGGAUUUUGAAAUAUGGUGAAUUUUUACCCAAAGAAUUUAAAUUACCUGGUGAGAGUGAAUUACCUAGUGUUGUACAAGUUGUUACUGAAGGGUUAGAAUAUAUACAAUAUGAAGAUGGAGUAGAAAAGGAGUUCAAUCAAGGUGAAGAAAAGUUUUUAUUGGAUUUGAUAAAGAAAGAAAAAGGAUAG